AUGCGUGCGAAAAUAUCAAUUUUAUGUGAUAUAUCAUUUUCUAUAUGAUCAAAAAAUAUUUCUGCGCAAUGGCUCGUGUUUCUUUUGGUACGCGGUUGAUCAAUUUUCCCUCCUCUCCUCACCAGCGUCGCGUCACGCAGUGCGACUGCGCGGGCCGAGCAGUCUGUCCGAAAAGAUCCGAAGUUAGUCGUCGUUGGGCGCUUCGGCCGCUCGGUUCAGUCCGCGCGUAAUCGUGUAGCGUGACGCGAACGCCGGCUCCGAGACAGCAUCUGCCGCUCUCGCGAGCGAGUUUCGGUUGACAUUUCGCCCCGUGAGAGACCCGUUGCCGAGUCUGCGCGUAUAUGCGGUCGGUAUGUGGGCAGCCCUCGUUAACCUGGCCCUCGUUGGCGGUUGAUUCGGGCAUCCUCUCACGUGCGAAUGUUUGCGCGCGCAACUUGGCGUGUGCCUGUGAAUAGUUUCAUGUGUGUGUGUGUGUUGGUUUGAAAAUUUGAAAAGCGACAUGCGCGAGUGCAGCGUAUAAAACCGCACGGUGCAGGUGCCGCGGGAGGAAAAAGGAAGAGAGAAGUGCCAUCCGCGUCAAUCGGAUUGGAAAAAAGAUUCGCACGUGACGGAGAGACGUAAUCUCCUAACCGAUCAUCGUACUACUAACUACUACUAUUCGUCGUCGUCGGCGAUAUAACCCACAGCGGAAUGUGGCACGAGAGGCACCGCCGGCACCAUCUCGGGAGCCAUGCCGGCUGACGAGCUCGCGCGUACCCGACGAGAAGACCGAGGUGGUAGAAAACCGAGCUUACAGCCGCCUUAACGCACGCACGCACGCACGACCGACCGCGUCGUUUUGCCUCGAUAGAGAGAAGGAGUGCGAGAGUGUAAGAGAGAACUCCCUUCGCGGAUCGACCCGCGGAUCAUGCCCUUAACGAAGCACGUUGUCGUCGCAUAGUUCUGCGCUCCGAUAUGUGAGAGAACCGCCGUCUGGUGAAUGUCGUCGCCAUGGUGGAGCAACUGGUGUGCAGCAACUCGCUGAGCCCGGGAACGUAGCGUCCACAUAAGCGCCUGUGGUUCGCACAUAUAAACGUACUUCUUCUAGCUGUAAAGAAUUAAUUACGACGAGAAGGUAUUUCCGGCUCGAGAAUCGUUCACGAUAAAUGACGUGCCUUUAUGGCUUAUAUAACGAAGAUUGAAAUCGGACCUAAAGAUUAAAAUCAACGAAUAGCGUGUUAUGAAACGACGAACUUGGUGCGACUUGCAAGCUUAACGAGCAAUAUAAUCCAUUGUGGAACGUUUACAAAGCGUGAUGAAGAGAGAAGUGAUAUUUCUGACGCAUGAAGAAUCUAGAUUGAAAAGGAUAAAGUAUAUAAUGUAUUAAUGUGACUUGGAAACGAUAUGAAGAAUCUAAUCUGAGGAAGAUCGAAGUUAAUAAUCAAUGUGACUCGGUGUAAUUCAGUAGUCUCUUCAGUCACGUAGCCGUCAUGUGAGGAUCUGCAGGGAAGAAAAGAGAAGAAGCCUCACCCUGUGUGACACCAGCGAGUGUCGAGUAAUGCUGAAGCACAUCUUGACGGGGCAGCCGUCGUCAACGGGCUCCAGGCAUCAUCAUAAUGAUUAUCAAACGAGCUCGGGCUCGUUGCACGGCGGGCACCAUCAUCACCAUUUGCACAAUAACUCGCUGCACCAGGAGCAGCAACCGCAACAGCAGCAGCCGCAAUCGCAACAGCAUCACCACCAUCAUCAUUAUACCGGAGGCGCCGGGACAACGCGCGGUGGACAUCGCGGUAACAACGGCGGAAUCGAUGUGUACGACUCCAUGGUGCAGAGAUCGAUGGCGCAUCAAUCGGCGACGACGCCCUCGUCGACACACCGGCAUCCGUUAAAUCACUCCCAGCUGAGCGUCAACAAUCUGUCGCAACGCUUGAAUCACUCGCACGCGCUCAAUGUGUCGACGCUGUCGACCUCCAAGCACUCGGUCAACAGCGUCAGUCCGGUAGCCGGCGCUAAUGGUAACAAUAACGGCGCCAACAAUAAUAAUAACAACCAUAACAACAUUUCGGUCGCGAGUCAGCUGGGCCAUACCGUCAUCUCGCAAACGAGCGCCUUGCAUCAAGAUCGUCCGAAAGCGAACGGUGGUCUCGACAUCUCCAGGCUGUCGCGGUUGCCGAGCCAGAAUACGCCGUCACCCGCACCUGCCGCACCUGCGCUUCCUGUCGUGGCCGGCCAGGUAGCUGGCGGGCCAACGGUAAUACCCCUCAAUACCUCCUGGUCCUCGUCCCUGUCUAGGAAUCUUCAUCGGAACGACGAAGCAGGCGUGAAAGAGAUGCUGACGAGCCUUGGACUAUUGUGCCUAGUGUCUCUACUUCUGGCACUGCUCUCAGUUAUCUUUCUGUUGAAAAUCUCACCGCUCACAGUCACGUCCAACAGUCUCAUCAGUCCCGAGGAGUUUGUCAUUGUUUAUGAGGUCACCCUAGCGUUGUGUGCUCUCGCCCUGUCGCUCAACUUGUGUUGUCUGUUGGUCUGCGCCAUACAGUUCCUUUUCGCGGUGAAACUCGUCAAGACUUCGUACCAGGGACACCGGAGUAACAAGUACCUGCAAAAAUCGUCCAUCAGCCGCGUAUGCGCCGUCGGAGGUUUUUUCAUUAGCAUUCCGGUCUUUCUAACCGGCAUGAUUCUGUACACAUUCAUCCAAUUCCACUCGACACCAGCGAUUGUCACGUCGGUCUUCAUCGGCCUCGGCAUCGUGUUUUGCGGAUGCGCCAUGGUCCAUAACGUCUUCGUAUGGCAGAAAGAGAAGACGAAUGCGGUAAAGGCGUUUGCCCGCGAACAAUGCGAGGCUGCGGCGCAGCUGCAACGUCAACAGCAGCAACAACCCUAUCAGCAGGCGCACUCGCAGCACCAACAACAGCAUCAACAUAAUCAUCAACAGCAGCAUCAUCAUCACCAUCAACAUCAGCAAUCGCAAUUACGACCGACGCUGCAUACAAGUUCAAAGAUUGGUGGCGGCUCGAUGACGGUCCAUUCGACCACCAGCCUGCUGGCCCAAUCGCCUCGCGGUCUCCAGCAUUCUUACCAGCAUCAUUCUCAUCAGCACCAUCCUCACCAGCAGCGGCACGUGUCCUCCAUGUCGCCGCCGUUGUCAUUAUCAUCCCCGCAUCCCGCGUCGCAGCAUAACCACCUGACGCAUCGCGGUGCCGUCGCGGCCGCUGCUGCUGCCACGCCACCAACGACGCCCGGCGACCGAUCGCCGCCAAGCCCCAACGGCGUCGGCGGCAGCGGCAAACUCAACAGGUCGCAGCAUCUGCCGCGCGAGGCAAGCGGCAGCGUCAGCCCCGGCUUGCCGGCGGCCACGCUCGAUCUCAGUAGCGCCGCCACUACAAACAGCCCGCACGAAUUGUCGACUCUCGUCUAAAGAUCUUGAUGGAGUGUUAAAAUAACUCUAAAAGUCAAAGGAUCCACGAAUUUAUUCGAAGGGAGUAUUCUUUGAUCAAUCGAAGGGAUUAUCUCCUAAACUGAAACAUUUUAUAAAGGAUUUUUAAAUUUGUUUGGAAACAGACUCUUCACUCAAUUAAAGAAUUAGAAUUAAAAAUAUCGAAGGAUGGGAAAAAUCAGAUUAAUCUUAAUAUAUCGGUUACAAUUAAAAGAUUUAUGCUUAAAUCGUUUUAUAUAAAUAUGCACCUUUAAGAAUCGUCAAGCUAAAUGCCUAAUUAUGUAUAAAUAGAAUUGAUGUUGUCUAGCAAGAAGGGACCAAAAAUUGCUGACUAAGACUGUCACUUUAUUUUAUUAUCGCGUCAUUAAUGUUACCGGAAUAUUAUGACAUUAUGGUGCGGUCAAUCGAUUAAUGUUUUUAUUUUGUUACAAGAAUAUACAUAUCUAAAUAUUGACUUGACCGAAUUAUCUUAGGCCGAUUUGAUGAAGAUAAAUCGCAAACUUUUUGCCCACCGUGUACAUAAUAUCCACGAAACAUCGAUCAGCGAUCGCCGGAAGAAUACCGCUCAGAGUCUUGUUACCGGCAAUUUAUUUUUGAGAUUCGUGCGUUUGCAGACUUAUUGUUAGUCCCGAGCUUAAACGUAACUAUACGUAACGCUGUAAGUGGCGUGAGUACGGAAAUUAAGGGACUGAGAAAGGGAAGAGUUUCGCGCCCUUCGUAACGCGUGCAACACGAAACGCCGAAAGCAAAAAUGCCAGCUGUCUGAAUUCUCCCGUAUACUUUGUUGACCACCUGAGUAAAAACACGAAAUACAAGACUGAUAUUUUGUCAGUUUAACUCAUUUCUUCAGUCCAAAAGAUCGUAAUGCAUUUUUUUUCCCCAUUGUUUUUACAUUAAUAUUACUGAUGUAAUUUUUGUUUUUAAUCAAAUUUUAAUGAAAAUUUCUGUCGAAUUUAUCAGCAAGAUUUCCUCAAUCAUGUCUUCGUCUAACAUCCAUUAUUGUGACAUUUCCGACAAUUACCAACGGCCUUGGAACUUAUACUCUCAAAGCCAACUAUCUUUAUAGUCCGGGUUGUUAUACCAGUAUUAUUCACAUCUAUUUUUUUGUUUCUUCCCAUCGGUACGUAGUUCUCUCACAUAGUCAGAAUGUCCAAAUUGUCUUAAUCCUGCUAGUAUUGUAACUAACAUAAUUUAAUGACUUGCCGAUAGUGUUAGUUCCUGUUGACCUUGACGAGCUAUACAUUUUUUUUGCAUACCGCUAUAAUAUUCUUGAUCAGGUUCGCCUGCUUAACUACUUAUCAACGCGUUCGGAGGAACCGUAUACAUACAUAUAUGUAUAUUCACAUAAUAUUCUCGGAAAAAUUCCAUGCCGCGUCGAGGAUCCUUUCGCCCGACGAAACUUGCCGAUUUAUGCUUUCUUUACGGCUCGUAUAUCCCGCUAUCAGCAGCGAGAACGGCAACAGGUUCCCGUAACCUGUUGCGCAACGUUGACGAAAAAAUUCCUUAUACCGAAUACUGCAUGUUGCAUUUGUGCGUCGUAAGUAUUUUCUGGUUACCUGAUAUCAUUCUCGUAAUAUAUAUCAGAUAACCGGAAAUAAAUUUCGUACGGUUUCCCAUAUCGAGAAUAUAAAAUUCUAAUAAAAUUUUGGCAAACAGAUUUCAUUCAUUACAGUAUAUGCACGCUUUACAAAAAAAAGGAUUUUUUUUUCAUGAUUCAAAUUAUAUGAUAAUCAAUUUAUAUGAUAAAUACAUACAGGCAUACGAAAGUACACCGGUUUUAUUCGUGUUUUUUUUUUUAAGAUAAUAUAAUUUAUACUAAAAAUGAUUCACUAAAACCGUAUGAAAUAAUUACAUUUCGACGAUCGCCGAGAAACUCCAAUUAUCCCGAGAAUAAAUAUAAAUAACCAAAUAUAAUGAUUGACAUAUAUUUCAACAAUAUAUAAAUAUAUAUAUAUAUAUAUACACCCAAUAAUGUAUACAUACUUUCGAUACAUUAGAAAUCCGAGAGACGAGAAAUUGGCAUGUAUGUAAAUCUUGCCAUAUUUUUAAUUUUUAUUAUUAUAAUUUGUACUUAUCUUACAGAACCUCUAGUCCUAGAUUACUUUCGUUCACACGGAAGCAUAAGACUUUAGAAUUCUGAUUAACAUUAUAAUUAAGCGGUUGAUAAGAUGCUUGAAAUUUGCGAACUCGACAUAAUGGUAGAAUUGAAUUUUUAUGUUUCCGCGAAAUUAUAUUUUUUAAGAAAAGCAAAUUGUGUGUGUGUCUGUGUGUGUGAAAGAAUAAAAGGAAAGAUAAUUAUAAUAAAAUAUACAAUAAGUAGCAUAUCAAAAGCGAAAGAAAUGAAGAAUCUCAAUAAGAAAAAUACGAAUCAA